AUGCGAAGACGGAACUCGAAAAGCAAUCUGAUGUGCAAGGAAAAUGGUAUUAUCCAGCGCACGUCGACCAAUGGUGACCGUCUGGUCGAGUUGAGCGAACAGACGGGUCUCAUCAUCGCUUCCACGUUUAAGAGGAAUCAUCGAGCUUCAGCUCACGUGCUCGACUAUGUUCUGGCGGGGAACAUUCCUCAGUCAGAUAUCCGAAAAUCUAGAGCUGUUAGGGACGUCGCGUUUGACACUGACCACCGUCCAGUUCUUCUCAGCUUCAAGAUACGGUUCACAAGAGAAACCGAGGAGUUCCUCUUCAACUGA